UUUUUCUCCAACGUAGAGAAAAGGAUGAAAAAUGAACCGUGCAAGAAGUUCAACUAAAACGAACAGGUCUUGUGAUUAUUGCACUAGUAUAUAUACAUACGUAUAUACGCAAUUUAUCACAGUUUAUCAGCUGAUUUUGUUAGCGAAUAUUGAUGGAUAUUUCCUAAGAAAAUUUGUUGACGAAGCGUGAAUGAUCAAUCUUAUCAACUUUUAAAAAAUUUGAGUGAUCAUGGUGGGCCCUUUACAGAUAAUUGCACGAACCGGAAAAAUCGCACUAGGAGGAUUCCUUAAGAUUGUUCCAAAUGGUGUAAACAUAUGUUUGAGUCGAAGUAAAUAUUACUAUGUAAACAAAGAAAAAGAUAAAACCUGGCCAGAUAUUAUGGAAGCAGCAACUACACAUAUGUUUUUUCUUGAAAUUAUUCGAGGAAUGGGAAUUGCUGUGUCUCAGAUAUUUAGGGAACCAGCAACGAUAAAUUAUCCUUUUGAAAAAGGACCUUUAAGUCCUAGAUUUAGAGGAGAACAUGCAUUAAGGAGGUAUCCUUCUGGGGAAGAAAGAUGUAUUGCUUGUAAAUUAUGUGAAGCAAUAUGUCCUGCGCAAGCUAUUACAAUUGAAGCAGAAGAAAGAGCAGAUGGAUCUCGACGGACUACAAGAUAUGAUAUUGAUAUGUCGAAAUGUAUUUAUUGUGGCUUUUGUCAGGAAGCUUGUCCAGUAGAUGCUAUUGUUGAGGGUCCCAACUUCGAAUUUUCAACCGAAACUCAUGAAGAAAUGCUGUACAACAAGGAAAAGCUUUUAAAUAAUGGAGAUAAGUGGGAAUCCGAAAUUGCUAGUAAUAUUUAUGCUGAUCAUUUGUAUCGUUAAACAUUGUAUUACAACGUAGUCUUAAUGAUUAAGUAAAAAUGUGUGGAAUUAAAUAUCAAAGAAAAUUCCCUACUGCUAGACACAUGAAUAUAUGAUAUGUUUAAAUAAAUCAAAUAAAAAAGAUAUAUAUAGUUGGCA